UGGCUGGGCAAGUGCCGAAAGCACAGCCUGGCUACGGGGUGCAUGGUGAGGCUGACUGAGGCCAGGGUGGCAGGAUGCCAGGGUGGUCUGGGGGACAUCCCAGUGGGAUUGGACGCCUGUGUCUGGGGUACCAGGAUACAGGUGUGUUGGGGAACCUGUCAGGGCACAACGGUGCCAGGGUAUUGGGGUAUCAAGUCCCUGGGACACCACAGCGCCGAGCACGGGAGUUCCUGCGGCCCCAGGGCAGAUACCUGAGGCUCGGGCCGACCAGGACAUCCCGGACAGGGGACAGAGGAACCGAGACCGGGAAGGGCGGGGUCGGUUCAUAGACAGGGGAUGCGGGCAGCGCCGGGCUGAGCCCUGACCCGAGAGUCCCGGACGGUGCUGCAGGGACCGAUCCCGAUCUCGGCCGUGUCGGGCAGUGCCGGGAGAGUCGAUCCCGAUGGUGCCGGACUGUGCCGCAGGCUCCUAUCCCGAUCCCGGCCGUGCCGGGCGGUGCCGGCUCCGCCGCUCCGAUCCGGGUUCCCGGCGGAGGCGGAGCCGCGCAGGGAGGAUCCCGGGACGAGCCGUGGCGGAGCGGCCAUCGCUCGGCACCACCCGGCUGAGCUCGGCCCGGCCCGGUGCAGCGCGAACGGACCGGGGCGGGGGCAGCACCGGGAGGGUGUCCCGGGGCCGGGCUGUCCCCGCGCGGGGCCGUGCCGCGGUGGGCAGCCCCCGGCCCCGCCGUGCCGCGGUGCCGGCCCGGACCCCCCGGCAGCGAUGGCCGCCCGCAUCCUGCACCGGCUGCGGCACGCGCUGGCGGGCGAGGGCGGCCGGGAGGAGCCGGCGGGCGGCGGCGGCGAAGCCGAGGAUUGCCCGGAGAGCUCGGAGCUGGAGGACGACACCGAGGGGCUGUCGACGCGCCUCAGCGGCACCCUGAGUUUCACCAGCCACGAAGACGAGGAGGAAGAGGAGGAGGGGGACGGAGCUAGCGAGGAGCUGGAGGAGCCGCCGCAGGCGCCGGGGACGGCAGCAGGCACGGAGGACGGAGGCAGGUGCUGGGGUGGUGAGCUGGGGGGACUUCAGGGACACUCGUGCGCUGGUGGCGUCCGGCAGCCCGACAGAUGUCAGAGCCCUGUCCCCACGGAGGGCACUGACCACCCCUCUCCCACAGAGUGGGUCUCUGCGGCGGAGCGUCCCGGCAGCAGCCUGCUGACCCGGCAGCUGCAGGAGCUGUGGCGGAGGUCGCGGGGCAGCGUGGCACCGCAGCGGCUGCUCUUCGAGGUCACCAGCGCCAGCGUGGUCAGCGAGCGCUCUUCCAAGUACGUGCUCUACACCAUCUACCUGAUCCGCUCUGGCCAGUUUGACAAGGCCCCUGCCACCAUCGCCCGGCGCUACUCAGAUUUUGAGCAGCUGAACCGCCGCCUGCGCUGCCGCUUCAGCUGCGACAUGGCCGGCGUUGCCUUCCCUAGGAAGAGACUGCGCCGGAACUUCACUGCUGAGACCAUUGCCAAGCGGAGCCGAGCCUUCGAACAGUUCUUGUCCCAUCUGCACUCCAUCGAUGAGAUCCGCCGCUCUCCUGAGUUCCUCGAGUUCUUCUUCCUACCGGACCUGCAGGCCGCACAGCGCCUGACCUGCACCGGCAUGUACCGCGAGGCCCUGGCCACCUGGGCCAAUGCCUACCGGCUGCAGGACCGGCUGGGGGUCUGCAGCUCUGGCCGCUUCCUGCUGACACUGGCUGGACUGGCCGUCUGCCACCAGGAGCUGGACCAGCUCAGUGAGGCCCAUGGCUACUGUGAGCAGGCGCUGCAGCUGCUGGAGGCCCAGGGCAGCCACCCACUCCUGGGACCCUUCCUGCAGGCCCACGUCCACCUGGCCUGGAAGGUGGGCAAGGACAAGCGGCGCUCGGAGGCCCGGCUGCAGGACCUGCGGGAAGCUGGGUUGCCCCUGCAGCAGCAACCUUCCCUGAAGGAAUGCCUGAUCAAGGAGCCUCUGGAAUAAGCCACCUGUGCCCACAUGGGUGAGAGGGCAAGGGCUGUGGGGGGCUCAUGCCUGUGGCAGCUGGGAACAGUAAGGGCAAUGCCGUGGGUGGCAAUGGGGCAGAGGAGCAGCACUGCAGUCCCACGGGCAGCACAGCCCAUGUCUGGAGCUGCCUCCUGAAUGCACUUUCUCUGUGGUUAGUCUGUCUUGCUGGGCUGGGGACUCAGGGGGGUCCACCACCCACAUGGGUGCUGCCAGAAGCUGCUCCCCCUCUCCUGGGGAUCCCGGAGUGGCUGAGACUUUAGCUGGGACGUACUGGCACCUUGCAAGGGAACGGGAAAGCUUCUGGCAGGGUCCAGGGCUCUUGCCGGGAACUUCCCAUGAAACUUACACAAUAGAAAGGACUUUAUUAAAUAAAGUCUUGGCAGGAAGAAGAGCAA